GGCGGCUUGUCUGGCCAUCGCGGAAGUCGGGUGUUCCGUCUCGGUCGUUCUCAUGUCGAGUCUCGACGCAGUCUCGUUCGGACGCUCCUCCUGGGACAAUGCUGACUCGGCUGAGAUCAAAAUCAGAGGGGAAGCUUGCAAAGCAGAUUUGCAAAGUUGUGUUGGAUCAUUUUGAAAAACAGUAUUCCAACGAACUCGGAGAUUCCUGGAGUACAGUAAGAGAUAUUCUCACUUCUCCAGAGCUAUGGCAACAUGCUGUCCUCUUGAACAGAUUCAGUUAUCCUUCUGCACUGGAAGAGGAGUUACAUUUGAAGGGCUAUCAUCCACUUGUCGAAGGAUCUUUAUCCUACUACCCUAAAUCUAUGAAAUGUUACCUCAGUAGAACUCCUAGUCGAAUGCCUUCAGAAAGACACCAAACUGGGAACCUGAAAAAAUACUAUCUCUUAAAUGCUGCUUCUCUUCUGCCAGUGUUGGCACUGGAAUUAAAGGAUGGAGAGAAGGUUUUGGACCUGUGUGCUGCACCUGGAGGCAAAUCAAUAGCUCUGCUGCAGUGUGCUUACCCAGGUAGUUAUCUUCAUUGUAAUGAAUUUGAUAGUCUGAGAUUGAGAUGGCUGAGGCAGACACUAGAAUCAUUCAUCCCACAACCUUUGAUAAAUAUAAUUCAAGUGUCAGAAUUCGAUGGCAGAGAAUUGGGACAUGCCCAACCUGAAGCAUUUGACAAGGUGUUAGUUGAUGCUCCAUGUUCAAAUGAUAGGAGUUGGUUGUUCUCUUCUGAUUCUCAGAAGGCAGCCUAUAGGAUACAUCAAAGGAGGAAUUUGCCUUUGCUACAAAUUGAACUCUUAAGGUCUGCAAUUAGAGCCUUGCGUCCUGGCGGGAUACUGGUGUACUCUACAUGUACACUUUCCAAAGCAGAAAAUCAAGAUGUAAUCAGUGCUAUUUUAAACUCCUACUGUAACAUUGUGCCUGUGGACAUUAGGGAAAUAGCAAGAACUUACUCCCAGCACUUCACAUUUGCUCCCACUGACCGUGAAUAUGGGUUCAUGGUGAUUCCUGACAGGGGCAAAGCCUGGGGCCCAAUGUAUGUAGCCAAAUUGAAAAAAGAAUCAUAAAGCAAUGAAAAACAAUGGGAUACAUUUUAAAACAAUGGUGGUAUAUAAUUGUGUUUGUUUUUCUUAGGUCUCUACAUGUUACUAUUUAAAUAAUUAUUCGGUUACUUUCUCUGGUUCUGUUUGUGGAAUCCUGUUUAGUUAAUGCUUUGGUAUUACAGAAUGCAGGUUUGAAAAUUUUUCAGGUGUAUUUUUUCCUAGAAAUAUAUUUCUAGCAGUGAUUUAAGGUAGUACAGAUGGUGUUUGUUCUGUGUAAUAAAUCUGCUGUCUUUUACUUGGCGUUUUUUGGUUAUAUUAAUCAAAAUACAUGGUUUUCUGCAUAAAAUGUUUAGGGCUACAUUCUAUCUAUGAUGUCGGUGCUUUGAACCAUUAAAAUGCACAUUUGCUGGCACCAUACUGUUUUUCUCUUUAUCAAAUGUAGAUUCAUGUUUGUAAGAGCUGAUUGGUAUUCUGAGACUAACUUCUUAAGCAGCACAAUUUCUAGUUCUAGCAAAAUAGGUUUCUUAUUUGCAAAGUUGUUUUCCGUUAAGGACUGUCGUCUGUUUACUGCAAAGGUCAGUGACUCUAUUGACACCAGCUUUAUUUCCCUCACUUAUUUUUAUUUUUUUUUGUAUUCACAAAUACAAAUUGAAAGGGUAAAUUAUGUUGAAAGGCCUUUAGAAAACAGACUCACAGGCACAUGUUUGACUUUCAACAUUCAGCUUGUGGAAUAAUGGAGUCUAUCCAGAAGGCUAUAAAGCAAGUACUUAGAAUGAGAAUGAUUAAUAACUGCAAUAACUGAACUAUAUUUGGAGAGUUUUGUUACAUAAUUGCAGUCAUAAUGAGUACUACAGAAUCUGAUUAUCUUACAGUUGCAAUCUGGAGGAGCUUUUUUAUUUGACUCUGUUAUAAAGUGUUAGAGGAGAGAGUGAU